UCGAAGGUUAUUGCAGUUCUGGGGAAUUGUCGAUCAAGAAUUUUAUUUGUUGAAGAGCUGUUUAGGUUGGUAAUAAGCUUAUUCAGGACAUGGCUGUCAAUGGUGUUUGUGGAGAUGGAUUUCACUUCCUUCGUGAAUCCUUACAAGAAAACGAUCCUGAGAUCUACGAAAUUUUGAAGAAGGAGAAGCAACGACAAGUGCGAGGACUCGAGCUCAUCGCCUCAGAAAAUUUCACCAGUACAGCCGUUAUGGAGGCACUGGGCUCCUCAAUGACUAAUAAAUACUCCGAGGGACAAGUAGGACAGAGGUAUUAUGGUGGAAAUCAGUUUGUCGAUGAAAUGGAAAGCUUGUGCAAGAAAAGAGCCCUUGUAGCGUUUCGACUUGACCCAGAAAAAUGGGGUGUGAAUGUACAGGCCUACUCUGGCUCCCCUGCUAACUUUGCAGUUUACACUGGGCUUCUUAAUCCACAUGACCGUAUAAUGGGUCUUGAUCUACCGGAUGGAGGGCACUUGACACAUGGGUUCAUGACAGAAAAGAAGCGUAUAUCUGCAACAUCCAUCUACUUUGAAUCAAUGCCUUACAAGACAAACCCAAAGACUGGUUUAAUAGACUAUGAAAUGCUGGCUGAAACAGCCAGAUUGUUCCGUCCUAAGCUGAUUGUCGCUGGAAUCAGUGCGUACCCACGCCAUUUGGACUAUGCCAAAUUCAGGGCAAUAUGUGAUGAGGUUGGUGCUUAUCUCAUGGCUGACAUGGCACAUAUCAGUGGUCUCGUUGCUGGUGAUGUGGUCCCAGGUCCAUUUGAGUAUGCAGAUAUUGUUACAACAACAACGCACAAGUCACUCCGUGGCCCACGCUCUGGAGUCAUAUUUUACCGCAAGGGCAUCAAGGGUUAUAAGAAGAAUGGGGACCCCAUAAAGUAUGACUAUGGAAGCAAAAUCGACUUUGCUUUGUUCCCUGGACUUCAAGGUGGUCCGCACAACAACCAAAUCGCUGCACUUAGCACCGCAUUUAAGCAGGCCAACACGCCACAGUUUAAGCAAUACGCCCAACAGAUCUUGGACAACUGCCAAGCAUUGGCUAAGGUACUGUUGGAUCGAGGAUACACACUGGUGUCUGGGGGAUCUGAUAAUCACCUGGUGUUACUUGAUCUGCGGCCUUUAGGAAUGGGUGGUGCCCUGGCUGAGAAAGUUUUGGAAGAGGUCUCUGUCACUGUGAACAAAAAUACUUGUCCUGGAGACAAAAGUGCCUUGCGUCCAGGUGGCCUUCGUAUUGGUGCACCUGCCCUGACAACACGCACAAUGAAGGAAAAGGAUUUUGAACAAGUUGCUGACUUCAUUGAUCGUGGCAUCAAACUAGGAUUGGAAGUGCAGAAACUCAGUGGGCCAGAGCAAAAGAAAUUUGAAGAAGUGUUGUUAGGGGAUCAGUUCAAGGGCAAAGUGGAAGCAUUGAAAAAUGAAGUGGAGGAGUUUGCUGUCAAAUUCCCAAUGCCAGGCCAUGAUGAUAUUUAAACCACUGGAUGUUGCGCAGUCUGUAUUUUGUUUAGUAACAUGUGUGCAUAUUUGAAAGCCAGCACAUGAUGAUACAGCAUUUUAUGCAUUCUGCAACAUAAUUUAGGGGUGCAAAAUAAUAGUACUGAGUGGUCUUGGAAACUUUUGAUCCUACCUUAAAAUAUCUGAAGUGUUUAUGAUGAGUCAUCAAGUCUCGUUUAUCUGUGUCUUUCAGUCAUGCGGUGUAGAAUCAUUCAAGUUGCAGUCUUAAAUUUUCAAACAAGUGUCUUGGCAAGUCUCUGAUUUCACCAUUCUUCACCCCUAACUUUCGCAUUUGUUUGUUUUGAAAAUAAGUUUAGGGUAAGUGAAGAAAUUAAGGCAUCUAGUGAAACAGACAUUACAGAUAACACUGUCGUUAUGGUGAAGUGAAAUUUCUGUGGUGAUAUCCAUAGAACUUGUGCAUAUUUAAACUUUAAAGAUUCAGGUUUUUCCCCAGCAAACUUCUGCGAUCACAGUAGAGAAGCUAAAUUAUUGUAUAACAUCAUAAGCAAUUAGCUGUGAAUGAUAUGACUAUGUACUUGAUAAGCAACGUGAACCAGUGUUAUAUCAAGCUAUAUCUAAUAAACAGUAUAAUAUUUCUCCAAACA